GCGAUCACUUCAAACACACACGCAGACAUACGCAUUCUGUCUAUGCUAUUUAGCAAAUGUACAACGAAAACAACAUGUCAUUAGAAAAGAAGGAUUCUUAUGUACGUACCCGUCGUUAUCGCCUCCGCUGGUGCCUUUUCACGCGAUCACGGUAGAUUAGUGACGUUACAUAAAUGUGUUAGUCGGCGGAAUGGCGUCGGUGGUGGUGUCGGCGGAUGCACGAGUCCCCAUUUGCCUUCGAAACGGUUUAACAUUUUACUGACAGUUUACUGUUUGUCAAGUCCUUAUUCAUGUUAUGCAAAUCUUUACUAUUCUUUUGAGAAUAUCGCUGCUUUGAUAGUAAGGGACGGCUUCCGGCAGCUUUUCAGUGUUUGUUAGUAUUAACUUUAGCGAACCCCCUCACUCUCGACAGUCGCCGACAGUAGGUGGGGGGGGGGGGGGGGGGGGGGGGAGUUUUUGAUUAGUCCGUUUAAGGAAAACCACCGAACGACCGGGCUAUGGUGGCGCUAAGGAGUAUAGUUCAAAAGGCCGAAGAUGAUGACAUGCAAAUGUUUAGCAAACGGGCAGCGAGUUCAUGUUAAAUCGACGAUUUUAAAGCGCGUUUUAUCGUAUUGCCUAAUUAACUUACGAAGCGUUGACCGGACCGAUCCGAUAAUUCGAUGAUUCUGGCAGGUAGAAGAUGGAAACGGUGUUAGGAUGUAAGCCAAAAGGUAAAUGACAGAUUUCUAUACACACAUGCCCGUGUACUGUUACUGUUAGGCAGACAUUUCUUAAUAUACUUUUGUUUAGUAAUUUAGUUCGAUAGAUGUAAGGUGUAGCUCGACCGCUACCGCUUCGUUUCUACCGCGAAGGUCAGACGGCAAGUGCCCAACGCUGACAAUACGAGCACUUACUUUUAACCUGGAAGGUAAAUGCACGCAGGCUGAGAAAAGCGCUUGGCAGGAUAGUGUGAACUGUGGUCAGAAUUUACAUGCAUGAUUUUAAAGCGAGAAAAUAUAUGAAAGGCAUAUUUUAUAUACAUA